UGGAAGCAAGAUGGCGUCGAUCUUAACCAUCACUGGCUAAGGAUGUGUGCUUUUCUCUCUAGCUAAUGCAACUCUAUGGUUGCUGCUGUCAAGUGUCAAACGUCAAUACAGUGACCGUCCGUAUCUUUUGUGAAGAAGCCCGGCGACCGUACCUAUAUUUGUAAAAAGAUGCUUGAAGACCUGAUGACCCAGGCGUUCAUUGAUGGUACAUGGACCAGUGGUGGAGGUGGUGUAUUUGAUGUUUUUGAUCCAGCAACAGGUCAUGUUAUUGCUCAAGUCGCAGACUGCAGUGUUGAAGAUGUCAAGAAAGCCAUAGAUGCUGCAGAAAAAGCAUUUGAAACAUGGAACCAGAAGACUGCCAAGGAACGAGCGGUUGUUCUGUUAGCAAUCCGAGACUCUUUAUUACGAAAUAAAGACUUCAUUGCAACGACACUCACGAGGGAAAAUGGCAAGCCUAAAAUGGAGUCUCUUGGGGAAGUAGGCUUUGCUGCUUCCUUUUUUGAAUGGUUUGCUGAGGAAGGGAAGCGCCAGUAUGGUGAAACAAUACCAAGUCCAGUACCAUCCAAACGUUACAUUACAAUUCGUCAGCCAGUUGGGGUAGCAGCUCUUAUUACUCCAUGGAAUUUUCCCAUUGGUAUGAUUGGACGUAAGGUAGCCGCUGCAUUAGCAGCAGGCUGCACUUGCAUCCUUAAACCAGCUGAGGACACUCCCCUGACAGCACUCGCUCUUGCAAAGAUAUGCCAAGAUGCUGGUGUCCCAUCAGGUGUUGUGAAUGUGAUUCCUUGUUCUCGAAAUAGAGUACAAGAGAUUGGAGGCAUUCUCUGUCAUUCACCCAAAGUUAAAGCUCUUUCAUUUACAGGAUCCACAGUAGUUGGACAGUGGCUUUACUCCCAGUGUGGGCUCACUGUUAAGAAGCUUUCACUUGAGCUAGGAGGUGACGCCCCUUUCAUAGUAUUUCCCACAGCCAAUUUAGAUGCUGCUGUACAGGGGGUCAUGGCAUCAAAGUUCCGAAACACUGGGCAGACAUGUGUAACAGCAAAUCGUAUUUUCCUUCAUGAAUCCAUCCAUGAUGAAUUUGUGAAAUGCUUUGCUGCCGCUAUGAAAAAAGAACUGAAAAUGGGCAGUGGGCUUGAACCAGAAGUCACCCAAGGACCUAUCAUCAACAAGCAACAGCAUGACAGGCUAGUCAACUUAGUCAAAGAAGCAGUCGCCUCAGGAGCAAAUUUGGUUUGUGGAGGGUCAUCCCCAGGGGGCCUGUACUACAGCCCAACAAUACUAACAGGAGUUACACCAGAAAUGCCUAUUUCCAAAGAAGAGAUAUUUGGCCCAGUAGCUCCCAUCAUGAAGUUUAGUACUGAAGAAGAAGUCAUUAAAAUAGCAAACAUGUCCCAAAGAGGAUUAGCAGGUUACUUCUAUUCCAACAACAUUAGCCAAGUUUGGAGGGUAGCAGAGGCCCUAGAAGUAGGAAUGAUAGGAAUCAACGAGCCUAUGAUAUCAACAUGCGAAGCACCCUUCGGAGGUAUCAAGUUCUCAGGACUCGGCGUAGAAGGAUCCAAACAUGGGCUAGAUGACUUUUCCAACCUGAAAUUUAUAGUUUUUGGUGUUUAGCAAAAAAUAAAAGUAGUUUAAAAUGA